AGGCGCAGUUAAGUGUCCUCCUCCCCUCAUUCAUUAAGGACUCCCACUUACAACUGUCUAUCGUUUUUAGAAUUAUUUAUAUAAAUCUAUUUAGGGGGAGGUGAGUGGAAAGGCUGUCACUGAGGCAGAAAUGUCAGCUGCGAUGUAUAUUCUCUCCACUCUGGGUGGCUUCGUGCUCUCCUCGGUUUUGCUGCUCAAGUGCCCGAGCCUGCUGCAUAGCAAGAAGAAACAGAGCUUCAGGAGUCGGCAUAUCUCACACCGCGGGGGUGCGGGAGAGAACCUGGAAAACACGAUGACAGCUUUCAGGCAUGCUGUGCAGUUGGGAACGGAGAUGCUGGAGCUGGACUGUCACCUGACCAAAGAUGAACAGGUGGUUGUGUCACAUGACAGCAACUUAAAAAGAACCACGGGGGUGAAUGUGGAUAUAGCCAACCUCGCGUUCGCAGAGCUCCCGCCUUACCAUUGUACACUACACGUCUCUUUCAAGAAAGACUGCUUCUGUGUGGGAGGAGAAGAUAGAAAGAUUCCAUUGCUGAGGGAAGUAUUUGAAACCUUUCCAGGCACACCCAUCAACAUUGACAUCAAGGUCAACAAUGACAUCCUCAUUCAAAAGGUAUCGGAUUUGGUGCAGGAGUUUAAUCGACAGGACAUCACUGUCUGGGGCAACGCCAGUGAUCACAUCGUGAAGAAAUGUUACAGUGCGAACCCAAGAAUUCCGAUCCUGUUCAGUAAGCAGCGAGUGCUUCUGCUGAUAGGGCUGUUUUACUCCGGGCUUCUGCCAUUCUAUCCUUUACGGGAACAGUUCCUGGAGAUCCCUAUGCCUUCCAUUAACCUAAAAUUAAGAGACCCGAGUAAGAUAUCCAGAACGCAACGGUUUAUGAUCUGGCUUACUGACACUUUACUGAUGAGGAAAUCUCUGUUCGAGCACCUCAAAGCACGAGGAAUUCAGGUUUACAUAUGGGUCUUAAAUGACGAGGAAGACUUCGAGAGAGCCUUUGAUCUGGGAGCGACCGGGGUCAUGACAGACUACCCAGUUCAGCUGAAGGAGUUUCUGGAACACUAUCCCUGCAAAGAGCAGUAG